UGCAACUGCUAUAGUGGAGGGGUUCUAGAUACAUACAUGCCAAAUACAAUUAAUUAACUAACUACAUUAGAACCGGGUAACAAAUCUAAGUCAAUCAUCUCAGAAGUCGGAACAGAAAGUGUUCGAUAUGAGAAGUAAUAGGCGUUUCGGCUUGAGCUUUUCUUAGUUAUCAGGUGAUGCAGUCAUAGACUGAGCGCUGCGACUGAGAUUCUUCCCAACCAUACCACGCUUCUCGGAAACUUUUCAACAUGGAAUAUAGCAGGUUCGGAGACGCGGACGGAAUCAAUUCCAUAAAACCGAAGGCCUAUCAAGGGCAAAAUGCAGGAGAGCGGCGAUCAUGGGGAACUUGGGUAUCUCCGACAAAGAUACUGCUAUUGAUUUUGGGAGCCUUUGCGAUUGUCGCUUAUACAUUCGGACUCGUUCCACCGGCGUGUUCGAGAAGGAAUUUGUCGAUACCAGAAAGAGCAAGGAGGAUCCUCAAAGAGCAUCCGUUGAUUGAUGGGCACAAUGAUCUGAUGAUUUUGAUACGAUUUAUGGAUCAGAGCAAGAUCUAUACCAAUGAAUUCAAGGAAAAGUUCGAGAAUGGGGGCUUACAUGGCCAUGUUGACCUCCCUCGUCUGGACACGGGAAUGGUUGGAGGCUCUUUUUGGAGCGCGUUUUGGCCUUGCCCGACUAAUGGUUCCGACUUUUCGGAUGAGAAUUAUGACCCGAUUGUUCGCGCUACCUUGAGCCAACUCGACCUCUACCAACGUCUUGGUGCCGCAUAUCCCCACUACUUUACCCCUUCUACCUCGUACUCAUCCGCUCUCCACGCGUUCUCAAGCGGCAACCUCAUCUCCCCAGCUGCAAUCGAAGGCCUCCAUCAAAUCGGCAAUCGUCUAUCAACCCUGCGCCUGUACUACUCCCUAGGGGUACGAUACGCAACGCUCACCUGGAACUGUCAUAAUGCCUACGCAGACGCCGCUCUCGUGACGAACGAUGACGGGGACACAGUCAAAAGCUCGCCGCUAUGGGGCGGCAUUUCACCAAACGCUGGACGGGCCCUCAUCCAGGAAAUGAACCGGCUAGGCAUGAUCGUGGACCUGUCUCAUGUUAGUGUUGACACGAUGCGUGAUGUGCUGGAAGGCAAAGUUGGUGAUGGAAAGAUCGAUGGAUGGACUGGGAGUCUGGCGCCCCCGAUUUUCUCGCACAGCUCGGCGUAUGCCAUCUGUCCCCAUCCGCGAAAUGUGCCGGACGACGUUCUUCAACUAGUUAAGAGACGAGGAAGCGUGGUGAUGAUCAAUUUCUCACCGGAUUUCAUCGCUUGUAAGGAAAGCGGUUCGUCCACGGGGCUCCCUGAUUCGGUACCGGAAGAUGCGACGCUGCAGCAGGUGGUCAAGCACAUCAAGCACAUCGGAGAACUCAUCGGAUACGAGCAUGUGGGCCUCGGUUCCGAUUUCGAUGGCCUCGAAUCGACGCCGAAAGGACUAGAAGAUGUCUCGAAGUAUCCGAAAUUGGUGGAGACAUUGCUGGAGGAAGGCCUUACGGAAGAACAGCUCGCGGGCAUCGUCGGGAGGAACGUGCUGCGGGUCUGGAAGGAGACCGAGCAGGUUGCGGAAGAACUGAGUUGGAUCAACCCUCUGGAAGACGAUUUGGAACAAUUGCAGAAGUAGAGGGCUCGUAUGGGGUACCAAAAUGGCCCUACGUGUAAAGACGAUAGCUAUUAGGCACAGUAAGGUAGUUUGAGGAGCAACAUUUUGAUACCCCGAGCCUUUUAGGAUUCACAACAUGUGCCUUAUUUCACCCAGACUCCUGUCACGAUCCUGAAACGCCCGGAGGCACAGACUCGGAUUCUUCGACUCUUCACAUAAAGGGUGGGAUAUACGGAGUACCGAUCUGCCCAAAAAGGGGCACGCUAGACU